AUGGCAAAAGCUUGUGCAUUAGGGAUUGUAUCAGCAUUAGCUUCAGCAACUUUAGGUGUUGAGUAUGCUUAUGCUGAUGGUCCUUUUAAUUUUGGUCCAUUUUCAUCUUCAUCUUCUUCACCGUCUCCUCAUCCUCCUCCCGAAGCUGCUCCUUCAUCUGAUACACCAAAAGAAGAAGAAUCAUCAUCUUCUAAAGUUCGAAAUGAUAAUCCACGAACCACAUCUGCUGGGUUCGAUCCUGAACCACUUCUGAAAGGAGCUGCAGCUCUUAGAGAAAUUAGUACUUCUCUCAAUGCUAAAAAGGCGUUUGAUCUGAUGAUGAAGCGGGAAGAGACAAAGAUGAUUCAAGCUGCAACCAAGAAAGCUGAAAUGGAUGCGAUGAGAGCUCAAUUUGAAACUGAGAGACAAAAGGUACUAUCUGAGGAAAAGCAAAAAUUGAGUCAACAACAAGCACAAAAUAAAGCUCAAAUGGCUCGUUAUGAAGAUGAGCUGAAGAGGAAAAGGAUGCAGGCAGAGAAUGAAUGGCAUAAAGCCAGAAAUCAAGAGUUAGUGAAAAUGCAAGAGGAGUCAGCUUUGAGGCUACAGGCUGCUAGGCAGGCAACAGAACAGCAAAUUCAAGCUCAGCGUCUGCAAACAGAGAGAGAAAAAGCUAACAUAUUAAGAGAAAAUAUUAAAAGUGAGCAAGAAGCAAAAGCAAGAGCCAACGCGCUUCAUAAACAACUAACUGAAGAUUUAAGUAAAAGGGAGCUAAUAGAUAGAGCAAAACUUGAGCAAGAGAAGUGGGUUGCUGCCAUUAACACAACUUUUGAGCAUAUUGGAGGUGGUGUGAAGGCUUUAUUAACUGAUCAAAAUAAGCUGAUCGUAGUGGUCGGGGGAGUUACAGCUCUGGCAGCUGGGGUUUACACAACUAGAGAGGGUGCAAGGGUGAUUUGGGGAUAUGUUGACAGAGUUCUCGGACAACCAUCCUUGAUCAGAGAGUCCUCGAGAGGAAAGUACCCUUGGUCAGGGAUUUUUUCUCGUGGAAUUAGCUCUCUAUCACAAAAGGCUGAAGGUGUGAAAGGGAAUGGUUUUGGUGAUGUGGUUCUUCAUCCUUCACUUCAUAAGCGAAUCGAGCAACUUGCUGGUGCAACUGCAAAUACUAAAUCCCAUCAAGCACCUUUUAGAAACAUGCUCUUCUAUGGUCCUCCUGGAACAGGGAAAACUAUGGCCGCCAGAGAACUUGCACGAAAAUCUGGUCUGGAUUAUGCGUUGAUGACUGGUGGAGAUGUUGCACCGCUGGGAUCACAGGCUGUUACCAAGAUACACCAAUUGUUCGAUUGGUCUAAAAAAUCUAGAAGGGGUUUGUUGCUUUUCAUCGAUGAAGCAGAUGCCUUUCUCUGCGAGCGUAACAAGACAUAUAUGAGUGAAGCCCAACGCAGUGCUUUGAAUGCGCUUCUUUUCCGCACUGGUGACCAAUCCAAAGAUAUAGUUCUAGCUCUAGCCACUAACCGUCCUGGUGAUCUAGAUUCUGCAGUUGCUGACCGUAUCGAUGAAGUCCUUGAAUUCCCCUUGCCCGGUGAAGACGAACGUUUCAAGCUGCUUAAACUCUACCUUGAUAAAUACAUUGCUAAAGCAGGAGAGAGAAAAUCCAGCUGGAUUAAAUCACUGUUCCAAAAGCAACCUCAAAAGAUAGAGAUUAAAGGUUUGUCUGAUGAUGUUAUUCGUGAAGCUGCAGUCAAGACAGAUGGGUUUUCAGGAAGAGAGAUAGCAAAGCUUAUGGCUGGUGUUCAGGCUUCUUGUUAUGGGAGUACUGAAUGUGUUCUUGAUGCGAGUCUGUUCCGUCAGGUGGUGGAUUAUAAAGUCGCUGAGCACCAGCAGAGAAGGAAAUUAGCAGCCUCCGAGGGGGGUAGCCUGUAG